ACGCAUGCGUGGAGGAUAUGCGCUUUGCAGCACAGUUCUCCUUUCUAAGCCUCGGCACAUCUCCUCACAUCGCUACUAACUCCACUUUAUUCAUCCUCCGUGUCAGGACAAACUCCACUCGUCUCAGUCAACUUUGGACAUUAUUAGGCCCGCUUAGCUUGCGAGUUGUUUUAGCGUGCUAGUUGUUUUAGCGUGCUAGUUAGCUUAGCGUGCUAGUUAGUUUAGCGCGCUAGUUAGCUUAGCUUGUUAGUUGCUAACAAAGAGACGCGGAUUUGAUCAACACAUCGCUUAGUUAAGAUCAAGUGUGAGUGUAAAGUGUUGUGAUUGUGUGAAAAUGUGCGAAAGAACGAUAGCAGAGUACAAAGAGGAACUUUCUCGGACAAAAGAAGAAAACGAGACUCCGUCAACUACUGGACGCUUUUUUCAAGAAACCUCAAGUUGUGUUACACGGAACAGACGUCUGUGAAAAAUAUCGUCCACCUGAGCAGCAGGAGGGGUCCUCCAGUAUGGAGCAGAAGAGGUCACAGCACCUCCACGUGAAAGAAGAGGAGCCACAGCCCCCCCACUUUAAAGAUGAAGAAAAACAGCGACUGUCCCCCCACUUCAUAGAGGAAGACCAGAGACACCUCAUCAGUGUGAAGAGUGAAGAUGAUGAGGUCAAAGGUGAGAGAGAGGCGGAGCCUCCAAGCAGCAGCUCAACUCAACACAUGACAACAGAAGCUGAUGGAGACCACUGUGGAGGAUCACAAGCAGACAAGCUCUUAGCUCCACUAUCAGAUAGUGAGGACACAACGUCACACUCUCCUGACACUGAUGAUGAACACUCUAAAGAUGAUGCAACAUGUCACACUGACAACACACACUUCACAUGUUCUCACUGUGACAAAACCUUUAAAUACCAUUGUCGUCUAAAAACACACAUGAGAACACACACUGGAGAAAAACCUUUUUCAUGUUCAAUCUGUGGUAAAGCUUUUACUCAAAGGCCCAAUUUCAAAGCACACAUGAGAAUACACACUGGAGCAAAACCUUUUUCCUGCUCAGAAUGUGGUAAAAGUUUUGUAGAAAAUCGAAGUUUAAAAGAACACAUGAGAAUACACACUGGAGAAAAACCUUUUUCCUGCUCAGAAUGUGGUAAAAGUUUUGUAAAAAAUCAAAAUUUAAAGGUACACAUGAGAAUACACACGGGAGAAAACCCUUUUUCCUGUUCAGAAUGUGGUAAAAGUUUUCUAAUGAAUCAAAGUUUAAAAGUACACAUGAGAACACACUCUGGUGAAAAACCUUUUUCCUGCUCGGAAUGUGGUAAAAGUUUUCUAAUAAAUCAAAGUUUAAAAGAACACAUGAGAAUACACACUGGAGAAAACCCCUUUUCCUGCUCAGAAUGUGGUAAAAGUUUUGUAAAAAAUCAAAAUUUAAAAGUACACAUGAGAAUACACACUGGAGAAAACCCCUUUUCCUGCUCAGAAUGUGGUAAAAGUUUUCUAAUAAAUCAAAGUUUAAAAGUACACAUGAGAACACACACUGGUGAAAAACCUUUUUCAUGUACAAUCUGCGGUAAAGAUUUUACUCAAAGGCCCCAUUUAAAAGCACACAAGAGAACGCACUCUGGUGAAAAACCAUACUCCUGUUCAAGCUGCAACAAAAGCUUCCGUUACCUAUACACUCUUAGAGUACACAUGAGAACACACACAGGAGAGAAAGUGUUGAGUUGCAGUGUGUGUGGUGAAAGAUUCUCUUCUAAGUACCAGUGUAAGAAACACAAGUGUGCUGGUGAGAACAGCAGCAGCAAAUGAAGAUGCAGGAUUUGAAAUAAACUGUCAAAACUUUCACUUUGACUUUCUAACAACAUCAGCACAUAUAACAUGUGUGACAUCAUUGUUGUGUGUGUAACACAAUCUUGUUAAUAUGAUUCUAACAUUUAUAGAUUAGACACUUCAGAUUAGUGCUUUUAUUUCAGUCAAGUACAUGAGUUAAUAUACACAUUUGUGUACUUUAAAAUGAACAGAACAAUUUGACUGAAAAGGUGAGAAUAAACAGUACAUAAAAUAUGUUACAUACAAUAAACAUUUUAUGUGUAGAUAUUCAUAAUUCACUUUUAUACUUAUUCAUAAUAGUGUUUUAUAUAUGUUUUUUUUUUUAAUAAUGAAGUGUUACAUAUUUUAUUUUCUUAUUGUAGAUGAUUCCAUAGAUGAACUCCUUUAUAUGAUGUACAUAUGUGUUUUACAUUUGUUCAUACCUUUGCUUUUGAGUACUCAUAAAUCCCUCUUAGUUCAUAUUUACUGGUUCACAUCUGAAACAUCUUCUGCACCACUUCUGGAAGCAUAUUAUUAUUUACUUUAUACAUCAUUUGAAAUUGUCUUUUAUACAAUUUUAAAAUGUGUGACUUUAUGAAUCAUUUGUUGUGUCUCUAUAAUCCAUUCUAUUAAUUGUCUUUAUUACGCUCUUGUGUAAUAUGAAUAUUGUUGUGUGAUUGUUUUAUAUGUAUGUCC